AUGCGCUUCACCACCGUAUUGCCUACCGGCGCUGCGAUCCUGUCCCUUCUCUCGAAUGGCGCCCUAGCGACGCCCGCUGCUGCCGGGUCUUCGGAGGACAUGCCAAUCGAGACCCUCCAGCAACUCUCGGGCCGCAAGCCUACAAAAAAUCGAAAACUACUCGACCAGUAUGCGCAAGACAUGCAACGUGAUCCGCCGCCGCGGGGCAUGAUACCGCUUCCGUCUCACGUGGACGCGUUCCAGGUUCCAGAAGCCACGCAAAUGUACGCGCCUGGUUAUGACCUCAAUAAAGCGCCGUGCAGGAUUGUUAUUUACAGGCCCACAAACCCGAUUGGAGGCACAGGGGAAGAAUACUUUAUGGGGAAUGUAGCGCCUGGGGGUGUGGGCCGCUUCGACGAAUAUAUCUGCAAAGCAUCCAAGGAUUGCCUAAGGCCUACCUGCUUUGACAUGCCUUUUGGAUUCAGGUACUUCGGUCGUCAUAUGAGAUAUGAACACGUAUUGGACUUCCAAUACGGCCGGAUUGGUAUCAAAGAGGCCGAAGACAGGUACCAGAAAUUACAGGCAGAGGAGCAAGCUCGAAGGGAACAAGAUCGUAGGGAGGCGGAGCUAAACCCCCCGCAAUCUAAGCCCAAGUCAUGGUGGGCACCCUUGACGCCCUGGCAACAAUGA